AAUAAAACGCAUUAAUAAAAGGUGUGGGGGGUGAUUGAAUGGGAAGAUAUAAACAAACAAAGGAAAGAGACUGGAGCCCAUCAAACAGAUAGUCCCAUGGACCAAUCGAACGGGAUUCGUCCACGUGUCAGCAUCCCAGUGGGUCUUCAAAUAUAAUCCGAAACAUAUGAGCCGUAGAUUUUGCAGAGCAUCAAACGCGUCGCUCUCUCCAAUCCCAAACGCUACGACGACGAUAUUAUCCCAAUUUCGCUAUAUAUAGGGACGGUCACAUUUAAUCACACACUCGGCUGUUAAGCGAUUUCGUCUUAAUCACCGCCUUCUGUUUCAAUUUUUUUUUCCUGUUAGGGUUUUUCCAAUGACGACAACUCAAAAGCUUGAGAUUGGAGAAGACGACGAUAUGAGCACCGUUGAUCUCAGCAUCAACGGCGUAGGAACCUCGGAGACUAGCAAGACACGCGUCGUGGACCUCACGCGCCUCACGCCUAAGGAGGAGCCCGACCAGGUCGGGAGCGUGAAGCCUCCGCCGUCGUCGACAGUGCAGGUGCCGUCGACGUCUAUGGCUCCGCCGCCUAAGAGAGCGUCCACGAAGGACCGUCACACAAAAGUGGAGGGACGAGGGAGGAGGAUACGGAUGCCUGCCACGUGUGCGGCGAGGAUUUUCCAGCUGACUCGCGAGCUGGGUCACAAAUCCGAUGGCGAGACCAUCCGGUGGUUGCUGGAGCACGCCGAGCCGGCGAUAAUAGCCGCCACGGGGACAGGAACUGUUCCCGCCAUCGCCAUGUCGGUGAACGGGGCACUGAAAAUCCCGACCACCACAAACGCGAACCCUGAACCUGGUGAAAACCCUGCGAAGAAGAGACGCAAACGGCCCUCGAACAGCGAGUACAUAGACAUAAACGACGCCGUCUCAGUUCCCUCCGGCUUGGCGCCGAUCACGACGACACAGCACCCUCCGCUUCCGUCGGCGGCGUCCCCGGUACCUGUGGCGCCUGCAGCUCUACAAGUUCUGCCGCAGGGGGUCAUACCAUCGAACGCCGUCUUCUUGGUUCCUCACGUCGCGAACGCUGCGGGACCGUCGAACCAGCCGCAGGUUCUAGCUUUUCCGGCGACUGCGACGCCGUUGAUCAACAUUUCGGCGAGACCCAUGACGUCGUCUUUCGUCGGGGCCAUGCAACAGGCAGCCGCCAUGGCUGCUCCUCUCCAAGCUGUUCAGAGCAGCAGUAUGCUGUCGGUUUCAACCGUCGCCGCUUCAAAACCCUCGAGAACGACGUCGGUUAUGGCAUCGAGCUCGAGCUCGAGCUCCGGCAUAACCACGGGAAGUACUGCCAGUGGAUCGUCUACUAGAACACACAUGCUGAGAGACUUCUCCCUUGAGAUUUACGACAAACAAGAGCUCCAGCUCAUGGCUAGGUCAUCGAAACACUGAAGAAGCUGCGUCGAAACGACAGCGUCUCGUCACAGGUUGAGUCCACCGCUGGCAGAAGCUGAAUCGAACGGGUCGGGUACUUCUCUCAUCCGGUUAAGGGCGAUGGACCGGGGAGAAAGCACGUGGGCACGUGACGAAGCGAGAGAAAAGGCACGCACGUGUUAGUGGGCCUGGGAUUAGGCAGAUGCGGGGUCCACACGAUGGUGGGUCAACACGAACCAAACAAAAAAAGUGGAGAGGAGAGAGAGAUAAGGAGGGGUCAGUACCAUACAUAUAAAUAAUGAUGUAUUAUAGGGUCUCGUGAGUGGCAGGUGGGGUCGACCGACCGUACGCAUUGGUUCCAAGGGGGCGAGCUCCGGGUGGUCCCCACUGGACUGUUUAAGUUCCGUGGUCCGGCCGUGAAACGGUGGGCCUAUUCAUCCAAACAGCUGGAUAAUUCGAAACGUGUCGGUGGUGGGGCUCACAUUUUGUCCGUCUUCAAGGCCGUGCUUUUUCUAAUGUAGGGCCUAUUGCCUGACAGCGAAAGAAAUCAAGACCCACCCCACAAAAUCAUCACCACACCUAAUCUCCUUCUUUAAUGUCGAAUUGCAAUGCUCCAAAUGUGUAGAAAAACGAAAACCCCCUUUUUUCACUUAUUGAAAGUUUUUUUUUUAUAAAAAAAAUAUAUGUUCUGUAAAGAUUGCUUAUAUUUCGUUUUUGGGUCGUGUGCGAUAUAUAUUUAAAGUGAAAUUUGUUUUUUGGGGGUGGUGGGGCCUGAACCCCACUUGGUAACGAGCAAGCUGGUGGCCACCAAUGGAAUGUAAAAGCAGCGUGGGUCUCCCCCGUCCUUGUCAUAAA